AGCGUUUAGUACGCGCGUUUCUCCAGAGAAAGGAUUGUGCGCCUGUUUACGAUUUGUUCUCGUUUCUCAGUUCGCUAAUAAAACGAGUUUGGUUUUUAUUUGUGUUUAAUUUACGCACUGAAUAUUGCAAGGAGGACAACAGACAAAAAAAACAGCUGUAGCAAAGAGUUACAACUGAUAUUUUUUUCCUGUCUUUAAACUCCGAAAUUUCUACAAAUAGAGAAGAAAGAACCUGCAAAAGAAAAAGAAUCAACAAUUGAAGAUAUGCAGGAUAAAGAAACAGUGGACGACGCUGAAGAAGCCUUAACAUUCAAGGCUGAGACACCUAGUGAUCGUCCUCUGGAGAAGGAGCAUUCUGAAGGAAAGAAGGAAUCCACCAAGGAGGGGAAGUUCGCCUUUAAGAAAAUGAAACAACCAAAGAAAGAAAAGGUGGAUAAGAACAGUCCGUCUCGUUUCGAAGGUGAAGGCGUCAUUUUCAAGGCGAAGCUCAUCGGGGUGGAGUCCGUUUCUGGUGCCAGAGGGGACAAGAUGUGUCAAGAUGCCAUGCAGAGGCUCAAGCUUAAUGUUAGAAACACAGGUCCCCACAAGAGGAAGAUUAAUAUUUGCGUUUCUCUGCAAGGGAUUAAGAUUAAAGACGAAAAAUUUGGUAAUGAAAUAUACCACCACCCUGUGUCUUUAAUAUCUUUCAUAUCACAAGAUAUAACUGACGCAAGGGCGUUUGGAUAUGUUUUUGGCUCACUAGAUGAACCGCAUCAGUUUAUUGCCAUAAAAACAGAAAAACCGGCAUUCCACGUAGUUCUUGCUCUUAGAGAUUUAUUUCAAACGGUGCUAAAUCAUAAGCAGGAAGAAAUAAAGACUGCUAAAGAGACUAAAAACGAGAACGGGAAGAGUGCUGAAGAAAAUGACGUGAAUGGUGGAUUGGGAAAACAAGUGGUGAGAACUGAGACCGAACCACAGCCACCUGCCAAAGUACAAGAGCUUACACCAAAGGAUGAAAACAUAUAUGUCGAAGUUCUUUUAAUGGAACCUUUACAAAUGAAAGAAGACGCUUUCCCUGUGGAUUUCAAAGAUGAGCAAGUGAAAACAGUGGAUGACAUGCUUGAAAUUCAAGAUGAAAUGAUUAAACUACAAGAGGGAAUCAACCAAAUGGAUUCCAGCAUCGCUGCUUUUGCUGCAAAUGGAUCAAAGCCGAUGAUCCCCGGGAAUGAUCCUUUUGAUACAUCCUUUGUGCUUGGACCAAAAAGG